AUGGCUUCCGGAUUUCCAUCAUCAAAUAACUCAGUUUAUACAAAAAGAGCUCUUCUCAUUGGCAAUAAUGAAUACAAGAAAAAUAGUCAACUUCAAUAUUGUAUCAAUGAUGCUGAAGAUCUUGCUAACAAAUUAUAUAAAAUUGACUUUGAAAUCACAAUUGGUAUUAAUUUGACAUAUGAUCAGAUGAAUACAAUGAUCAAAACGUUUAUCGAUAAAAUAGAUCAAGAUGAUCUUGUUCUUUUCUUUUUUGCGGGCCAUGGAUGUCAAUGGAAUCAUCUAAAUUUUCUCAUCCCCAUUGAUGAUGAUGAAAUCAAAACAAAUACUGAUUUGGAGUAUCGAGCAAUAAAUGCUCAAGUUACGCUUGAAAAGAUUAUCAAUUGUCGUCCAUCAGCAGCUAUAUUUCUUCUUGAUUGUUGUCGAAAUAGUUUUGUAUGCGAAUCAACAAAUUUUAAUGGCCUUUCAAGUAUGCAACCGAUUGGUGAUUUAUUUAUUGGUUUUUCAUGUACAGCAAAUAAAGUUGCAUUAGAUAAAUCAAAAAAUGGUCGAAAUGGUUUAUUUACAUCUCAUCUUCUUCAACAUAUUAAUCAGCCGAAUUUAACUAUUGGUGAAAUAAUGUAUGGUGUCUGUGAUGGUAUGAUGAAUGAAACAAAUAAUGAUCAAUGUCCAUUUCGAGUAUCUUCGCUUCGACGAAAAGUUUAUUUAAAUCAACAAUUUCCAAUUGGACAACCAACUCGUGUCAGUCCUAUUUAUACCAACACGAAAUGGAAACAACAUGGAAUUACUAUUGCUGGAGGAAAUGACGUAGGCAAUGACUCAAAUCAACUCAAUAGUCCUCAAGGUAUCUAUGUUGAUGAUGACCAUCAAACUAGUUAUAUUGCUGAAUAUUGGAAUCAUCGUAUUGUUGAAUGGAAAUAUGGAGCAACGAAUGGUGAAGUUGUUGCAGGUGGAAAUGGAUAUGGAAAUCGAAGUGAUCAAUUGAGUUUCCCAACAGAUGUGAUUGUUGAUAAAAAGAAUAAUUCUCUCAUCAUUUGUGACUAUGGAAACAGACGAGUGGUACGAUGGCCUCGUCAAAAUGGUAAAAAUGGAGAAACAAUCAUUUCUGAUAUUGAUUGCUAUGGUCUAACAAUAGACAACAACGGAGAUCUUUAUGUCUCUGAUUGUUCGAAGAAUGAAGUAAGACGAUGUAAACAAGGAGAGAAGAAGGGAACAAUAGUAGCAGGUGGAAACCGAAAAGGAAAUUAUCUCGAUCAACUCAAUUAUCCUACUUAUAUCUUUGUUGAUGAAGAUCAUUCAAUUUAUGUGUCGGAAAAUAACAGUCAUCGUGUUACGAAAUGGAUGAAAGGUGCAGAAGAAGGUAUUGUUGUUGCUGGUGGAAAUCGUCAAGGGGAGAGUUCGAAGCAAUUGUCUAAUCCUUAUGGAGUGACUGUUGACCGCUUGGGUAAUGUUUAUGUGGUUGAUUGUUACAAUGAUCGAAUAAUGCGUUGGUGUGAAGGAUCUAAGGAAGGUAGUAUUGUUGUUGGUGGAAAUGGGCAAGGAGAACAACCAAAUCAAUUGAAUUUUCCCAGAGGUUUAUCAUUUGAUGUUGAAGGUAAUCUUUAUGUUGUCGAUUAUUGGAAUCAUCGAGUUCAAAAAUUUGAAAUUGGUUUGAAUUAA